UCUCUCUCUCUCUCCCCCUUUCUCUCUCCCCCCCCCCCCUUUCCCAGAAAAUUCACACCAGAUUCGAUUCAAUCGCCGAUCUUUACUAGUUCUCCUCGGGAAUCCAUCGCCCUCCUCCUUUCAAUCUGUGUCUUCUCAUUAUAAUGUUCCAGAUUUUCAAGCUGCUGCAAGUGGAAGCUUUUUCAGUUUCUUCCUCGUACGGUCUGAAUCAUUGUUUCUGAGAAUUCCCAAUAUGUUCUGUUGGGACUGACUUUGAUUUAAGCUUCUGGAUUCGUCAACAAUGGAGGGAGACCCAUUUUCUGGUGUGAACAAUGGGACACAGGUGGAUGGGAAGAUGUUGCAGACAUUUAAGAAGAACUUUGUUCAAGUACAGAACAUAUUGGAUCAGAACAGGCUUCUGAUAAACGAGAUAAACCAGAAUCAUGAGUCCAAGGUAGCAGACAACCUUAGCAGAAACGUGGGUCUGAUCAAAGAGCUUAAUAAUAACAUCAGAAAAGUGGUGGAUCUGUAUUCUGAUCUCUCAACUUCUUUCUCCAAAUCCAUGGAAGUUUCUUCAGAGGGAGAUUCCAGUGGUGCAGUGAAAUCAGAUGGGAAAGGUGGCCAAAAAAGACUCAGGCCUACUUAGAGAUUAUUAUUAGUUUGUGUUGUUAAGUUAAUUUUGUAAUUUGUCCCAGAUAUAGAACAAGAUUAAUUAGAAUUAAUUUGUAGUUGAUGCUGUGUUUGUAGCUUAAUUAAAUAGCUCAUUACUGACUCAUCAUCAGAUCUUAGAUUUCCAAAUAAGAAUGGUUUUUGCAGAAUCUCUUGUUUUACUGUAAGGUGUAACCUUUGUUACUGUUACUGUGGAUUUAAUAGAAAUGAAGCAUUCUUGUGCUGUAAUAAU